GAUUGGCUUCCCAAGUGCGCGAAGGAGUCUGGAUUUAGCCCCGCGUGCUUCUGUCGCUACCCGCCCCUGCUAGCUGGAAGGUCGCAACGCCUGAGCGCGUCCGCUGCUGAGUUUCUGCGUGGCUGAAAGGAAUUGCAGUCUGAAGGCCCGGCCGAGCUACAUUCGAGAACCACGCGAGUGAUCCAAAAGAAGCCUCAGAAGCAACCCUUAAAAGGAUGAAAAGGCAACAGAGUUUGACAGAUGUUUUCAAUAAGAAACCAAAAUUUGUAUCAGAAUUGGCCUUGGAUGCUACAAAACAGUCACAACCACAACCACUCCAAUUUGAAGAAAGCAGCAAGAUGGAUGAAAACUAUUUACGUACUACUUGUAGAGUAUUUAAGAGAGUUUACAACCUGGCAAAAAGAUGUAGACCAUUUUCAGACAUAGAAGGUGUGAUAGAAUUGCUAAUUGCAAAUGGAGUAGAUAUGGGAAUAGGAUUGCAUUCAUAUAGAACUGCAGUGAAAAUAGCUGAUUUCAUUGGAAAAGAAAUUAAAACUGAAAUGUUUACUAGCAUUAUUGAACAUAAUCUGAAAAUAUGUUUGCUUAUUGAUGAAGACUCAACAAUAGCUCGUAAACCAGUUGUGAUAGUUUUUCUAAAAGUUGAGGAUUCUAAGGAGCCACCAACAAUUUUUGUCGAGCUUGUUGAAUUGGAAAAACAAGAUUCAGAGACAAUAUAUACUUCAGUUAUGGAAAGCUUAAAUAAUGUUGGGUUUACUAAGAACUACCUAGAAAAAAAUUUAAUAGGAUUUUGCUCCGAUGGUGCCAGCGCUCUGCUCGGGAGAAAAUCUGGAGUGAGCACUAGGAUAGCAGAAGAGUUUCCAAACAUCAUCAUUUGGCACUGUUUAAACCAUCACCUCCAUCUUGUUUUAGAUGAUUCGAUAAAGGAAAUAAAGGAAGUAAAUCAUUUUAAAAUAUUUAUUGAUAAGAUAAAUACUCUCUUUAAACUAUCCUGUAAGUUCCAACUUGAACUUAGCAAAAUAUCUGAAGAACUUGAACUUGAAAUUAUAAAUAUUGGUGCAGUUUUGGGACGAAGAUGGGCUGCCUGUAGUUUAAGGUCAGCCCUAGCUGUGUGGCACGCUUAUCCAGCGCUACAUCAUUAUUUUUAUUCAAAUGAAAACUUUGGUAUGGCUGCCCGUCUUGAAAAUAUAUAUUUUAUAACUGAUUUGGCAUUGAUGAUUGAUAUUUUAAAUGAAAUUUCUCUUCUUUCAAAUGCACUGCAAGCAAGAAAUAUAGACAUAAUAAAGGCUGACAAACUCGUGCUAAGACCUAUUAAAGCAUUUCAAAUGCUUGGAAAGGCAAAGGGUCCAUAUGAAAAAAAAGUUGAUGUAAUAAUUAGUUCAGAAACCUUCAAAAGUAUAAAAUUUGUAGAAAAUAAUCGAUUUGUCGGGCUUCCUCGGGAAAGACUUUUAGAUACCAUCGUAACGAAUUUGCAGAAAAAAUUAAUGGAUUGUGGACAUUUAAAAGCAAGUUGUAGCCAAUUUCAAGAUAGGAAUAAAUUACAGUUUCUCAAUUUUUUGGAGCCAGAUUACUGGAAUAUUGAAGAAGUACUAGUUCCAUGGAAAGCUGCUGAAGAACAAUUACUCGUAUUUAAUGACAUUUUUCAUUACCAAAUUGAUAUUAAUGAUUAUCGAGAUUUUGUGGGAAACGUUUUACGAAAUUCCCAGAACUAUGCAAUUCCUGAAAGUGUUCGAAGAGCUAAAAUAUUGUCAGAACAAUUGCUUUAAGUUCAGCACAUGUGGAAAAGGUUUUUUCAAAGAUGAACAUAAUAUAUUCAGUGGAAACACGUUACCUAACUCUCUCUAAUAUAUCAAACACUCUAACCAUUAGUGUAAUCGGCCUACCUCUAGAGAACUGGGAUCCUGUUCCUACAGUGAAAAAAUGGCUAAGGAUAAAUCAGACAGAUGAUGAUGCUCUGACAAAAGUGAAGGAAAUUGCAAGUGAGGGCGACAAUCAAGAAACGAUAUACAAAUAUCUUACAUAACAGUUUCAUUGUUUUUUGCCAGGACAAGGUGCCAGACACAAGUCCUCUCCAGAGCAGGCCUGCCAGACCACUGUAUUCCUAAACAGCUGUAUGGUGAGCUGUCUCAAGGAAAGCCUCUUUGAAGUCCCUGGAUAUCAACACCACGUCCGGGGAAACCCUGGCACAAGAUCAUUAGACAUGAUGCACGUUGAUCCACCAAGGCUGCCAGACAUUUGAAGACAGAACAACCAUAGCACAAGAGAAGCCAGAGCUGCAAAUGCUGCUACAAUGGUGCCGACACAUGUCUGUCUGACAUUUGGCAGAACAUUCCGUAUAGGCCUUACCAGCCACCUGCAGAAAACACCGUGGUCAGGAUUUGUAGACAUUGUAUUUACUUAGUUACCAGUUUAGUUAGUUACUUAGUACUACUACUUAUCUAAAGUUUUUAGAUUAAGUUUAGUGAUGUACAUUCUUAUUUCUGCCUUCUCUGUUAUUCUGUCUGUCUUUUGGAAUAAAUUUAGAUUAUUACAAAGA